AUGGCCCUCUACUCCCCCAUCCACGUCCUCGACAACUACUACCUCAGCAUAACCCUCCUCAUCACCAUCGCCUACCAACUAAUCGGCUUCUCCCUCGCCUUCACCUUCAAAUUCGACAAACUCACCGACUUCAUGGGCGGCUCCAACUUCGUCCUCCUCGCCAUCCUGACCCUCUGCUUCAGCGGCACCACCACCGCGCGCCAGAUCGUAACCUCCAUCUUUCUGAUCCUCUGGGCCACGAGAUUAUCCGGGUUCCUGCUCUUCAGGAUCUUGAAAACCGGCAAGGAUGAUCGGUUUGACGAUAAGCGCGAUAAAUUCUUUCCAUUCCUGGGCUUUUGGGUUUUCCAGAUGAUCUGGGUCUGGACGGUGAGCAUGCCGGUGACGGUGCUCAAUUCGCCGAAUGUGCUGCGGUACCGCCAGCCGAGCUUCGGGAAGGCGACGGAUAUUAUCGGGGUGAUUUUCUUCACGGUGGCGUUUCUGAUGGAGGCUAUCGCGGACGUGCAGAAGUAUCGGUUUAAGAUGGGGCCUGGGAAGGAGCCUGGUGCGGUGUGUAAUGUGGGUUUCUUCAAGUACAGUCGCCACCCUAAUUACGCAGGUGAGAUCCUCGUGCAAGUCUCAAUCUACAUGAUCGCCGUCACCCCCGCCUCCUACGGCACUGUCCCCUCCAGCUCCGGCGCCUACGCCGCCCUCUACGCCUCCUGCGUCGGCUGGAUCCUGCUCACAACCCUCCUAAUGUUCGUCUCGGGCCUGCCGCUGCAAGAACGCCCGGGGGCCAAGAAACGCUACGAAAAGGGCGUCGGAUGGGAGGCCUACGCGCAGUACCUGCACGACACGAGUAUUCUGAUUCCGAUGCCACCCGCGAUCUGGAAGAGGUUGCCAGUGUUUGUGAAGAGGACGGUCGGGUUGGAGUUUGCGAUGUAUGUGUUUGAUCCGGCGAAGCAUGCGGAUGAAGGGAAGGUUGCGGAGAGGAGGGCGGAGGAGGGGAGGGAUGGGAGUGAGGGUGGUGAUGGUGGGGUGAGGGAGAGUCAUGAGCCGUUGAGGCAGUAA